UGUACUGCUGAGAAGAGCUAAGUCAUUCACAGUUAUCAUCACACAAUGUUGCUGUUAAUGUGUACAAUGUUUUCCCGGUUCUGCUCUUAAUAUUGUAUGAUUAUAAUGACCAAGCUUGGCUUCAGACAAUCAGAGAAGUCUGAAAGUUAGAAGGGACUUGAAAUAGCCACCUAGGUCACACCAUACCUGAAAAAAAAAUACCACUACAAUAUGCUGGACAAGUGUUCAUUCAGCCUCUGCUUGAAGACACCCCACCCUCUGCCAAGGGGGGAGAAAAAAUUGAGAGUUUGUACCCUUUCUUCUUUGCAGAGGUGUGUAUAUGGGGAGGGAUACAGGUGUGGAAUAUUGCAUAUCCAGUCAGAAAUGGUUGAUGUAUUGACUGGUUUCGUUGAACUGCUUCCCUCUGCCCUCUUCUAAAAAUGUUGUUUUAUAUUUGGAAAUGAAUGUGCUAGAACAAAAAUGCAUCACUGAAAACACCAUUUUCUAAAUCAUAGAUUCUUGGACUUCACAGUAAAGAGAGGACUGAGAUAGGGUUGACCCAUUUUCUCACUUCUUCCUACCUAUUGGUUGAACCAUUAACUACACAAACUAGAAAUUUUGAGUAAUGCGUGUAUCUUAUGACCUACUUUGUUCAAACUGUACUAAAUUCACCUUGAUAGGAUUCAAGGUGAGAAGAUCCUACACACUACUGGGAAUAAACACGUCCUCGUGAAUUUCUAAUUUGAUCACGGGUAAUUAUGCGAAAGUAUUUGAGAGAAUUUUUUAAAAACCAGUUACAUUGAUUCAGACAAUUGAAAUGCCUGAGUCCUCAGUUUUGUACCAGCAGAUCUCCUUAAAUCUUCAGUUGCUAAUUAACUGGCAAAGAAAUCAUAGGCAAUUUUACUUGGGAUAAGGCAAGGACUGCAAAACAGGGAAACCCUGGGAUGCCUAUCACUGGGCAUUCCUGCCUUGUAUGGGACCAGAUAACAUUUGAGUCCCUUCUAACUCUGGGCUGCUGGGAAAUAAACAAAGAAGUUAGGAGCCCCAGACUUUCUACUUUUAGCAUAAUGUCCAUAUGUUAUUCCACGGAAACCCACAUCUGUCUAUCAGCACAUAUAAUGUACCCAUCAAACCCAUUCCUCACCUCUAUAUCCAAUGACUAUCUCUUCCCUGAUGCUUAGAUAAGACUUGCAACACAGGUCUCCCCUCUACAUGACUUGCCACCUCCUCUGUAUUUAUUUUGUAUGUCCAUAGUCAUUAGCAGUCAACAUUAGAAUGGGAGCCCCUUGAAAGCAAACGCCAGGUUUUUGCCUUUUUUUUUGUAUCCCCAACACUUAACAUAGGCACAUAGUAAUUGCUUACAAAAUGCUUGUUGAUAAUGAGGAGGAAGAUGAUGAUGAAGACUGAUAGGAUUCAUGAUAAAGAGAGAAGCGGGUCUUCUUAAUGUGAACAUAUUAUUUAUGACGUUAUACCUUUUGACAGUGCCAAGGACUUUGGGUCCUAGGACUUUUCCCCACAUCUUCAGUAGCUGGGGGUGGGGAGCGGGGUGGUAAUGAGGAGGCAGGAACUGCAGCACCUGCAGAAGCAGUUGCCAGGUUGAAUUACAAAAAGGGCAAAUUUACUGGAUAAUGGUCACAUGGAAUGGACCAGAAGAAGAGCCCGUGGUCUUGAGGGGUGCCUUCAUUCCACAGGUUCUUGGAGAGUUCAUCAGGGUCUGAAAGAAGGUGGUUUAACUCAGUGGCACAUACCACCUCUUGUUUCUUCUUUCAGAGGCAGUGAUGAUCCAUGUCAACUGUCAUAUUUAGCAAAGUGUUAGUAUUAAAAAGCUGGGCCUUUGUUUUUACCUAAAACCUGAGGUCAUGAAAAAUGCUCUAAAAUUUCCCCAGAGCAACCUAGCCUGCUCUUCUCUUCUUUGGCAACUCUGGGAGAGGCUCAUUGUUUAUCUGCACUCUACCCCAGACAGACAUACUGUUGUUGCACAAGCUCUAGAAAAUAUCCGUACAAGUGCAUGUUGAAAGCUGGGCAGCAGACAUUCUUCAUCCACAGUCUUUCCUCUUGGAUAGACAAGCCAAGCUCCUUUGAGGGAUCAAAGAUUUCUUCCAGGAGGCUCUACAGGUUUCUGUAUAAUCAGCACAACGUCCUCAGCAAACUGGAGCAUCCUGGGGGCCUCAUCAUCCACGAAGAAUCUGUCCUUGAUCUAGACCGGUCACCAAAUACUUUUGGACGGGAGAUCCGGAAUGACCUUGUUGUAUGGAUAGGAGAUACCUAAUGGCCAGUCCUUUAAUAAAUAUUAAUGCUUUACAUACAUUGUUUCAUUUGGUCCUCAAAGGAGCCCUGUGAGGUAGAAAUUCCCAUUUCAGAGGAGACUGAGGUCAUCUGGUGUGUGUGUGUGUGUGUGUGUGUGUGUGUGUGUGUGUGUGUGUGUGUAGGACAUGUGCUUUCCAAACCAUCUCUUGUGAAUCCAAAUUGGCUUCUCUUUCUACAACUUGCAGCUGCCUCCUCUUAAUAACACAUAUUAUCACCACGUGUGUGCAUGUCGCCAGUCUUCCUUAUUCUUUCUUGUCCAUACAACUUAGGAGCUUUUGCACACAUAUUUCGGGACAGUAUUCGUUGACGGAACGAAUUACCGUAUUACAUGUUUUGGAAGGUAGAAGUCGCGCACCUCCGCUGCAGACUUAGGAAUGUAUAGAAUUUUGCCUAUCUGAAGAUGUGGCCCUACAGAGCGAGCCUUUGGCAUUUCUCGGCCAUAGUUCAGGUGCUGGACAGAGCAGCUCCCACUGCCUUCCUGUGUUGAGAGGGUUCGUGGGGAUUGGAGGGCUGCACCCCAAAGGCCACUCACCCCGUCACUCAGCCUCUGCUUUAAUGGCCAAAUCGAAGCUGAGGAUAGGACUAAAGGGGAGGAGGGAAAGGGGACCAGCCGGGGUCAGCAGAGUGGCCGGUCUGGCCAGAGGCGGAGGAAGGGCCAAGGACAAAGGCUGCCUCCCGCCCGCGGGGUCCCUCCACGGAUUCAGGACUUUUCAAGUUCCGGCAGUUUGGAAGUGGGCGGGGAGGACCCCUGAGGGGAGAAAGUUGCUUAAUUUGGGAUAAGAGAACUCGCGCUCCGCCAAACCCUGGGUGCAGAGAGUCCAACGCUCCCGGGAGGCCGCUGCAGCCUGUAGAACGUGCCCGGUAUCCAUGGAUGGAACGUUCCCGGGAGCUAUGGAUGCCAAGCUCCCGGGAGGCAGCUGCGGCCCAUAGAACGUCCCUGAGCUUGGGCUGGAACGUUCCCGGGAGGCGGCUGCAGCCCGUAGAGCGCCGCGGGAGCCGCAGAUCUCACCCAGCGCCCCGGAGGCUGCUGCAGACCGAGGAACCCGAGCUCGCCCGCGCGCCGCCUGCUCCGCCCCUGCCGCCUUCUCCUCCUCCUCGUCCUCCGCCUCCUCGUCCUCCGCCUCCUCCGCCUACCCCCGCGCACUCCUGGCCAACAUGGCGGCGGCAGCGGGGGUCGGGCGGGAUAGUUUACCUGAGCACUGGUCCUACGGUGUCUGCAGGGACGGCCGCGUCUUUUUUAUCGAUGACCAGCGCCGCUGCACUACCUGGCUGCACCCGCGCACCGGGGAGCCCGUCAACUCGGGCCACAUGAUCCGUUCAGAUCUGCCCCGCGGCUGGGAGGAGGGCUUCUCGGAGGAAGGCGCCAGCUACUUCAUAGACCACAAUCAGCAGACCACAGUGUUUAGGCAUCCUGUGACUGGACAGUUUUCUCCGGAAAAUAUUGAAUUCAUUCUUCAGGAAGGGCCGAAUCCGCAUAUGUCAAAGCAAGAGUUUAUGAACCAGAGACCCUCCAGCAUGGUCAGUGAGACGUCCACAGUCGGAACUACCUCCACUUUGGAUAUGAAAUCAGGACCAAGGGUUAUCAAGACCAAUAAAAUCCACAGCUUUGGAAAAAGGGACCAGGCUAUCAGAAGGAACCCCAAUGUCCCUGUGGUGGUGAGAGGCUGGCUGCACAAACAGGACAGCUCUGGGAUGCGAUUAUGGAAGAGAAGAUGGUUUGUGCUUGCUGAUUACUGUUUGUUCUACUAUAAAGACAGUCGAGAAGAAGCCGUCCUAGGAAGCAUCCCACUGCCCAGCUAUGUGAUCUCUCCUGUUGGGCCCGAAGACCGUAUAAACCGCAAGUAUUCUUUUAAGGCUGUCCACAAUGGCAUGCGGGCCCACAUGUACAACACUUCUGGCGUUGAUUUUCCAGCGGAGCACUCGGGGAUGAGAACUUACUAUUUCAGUGCCGACACUCAAGAAGAUAUGAGCGGCUGGAUCAGAGCCAUGAACCAGGCUGCCCAGCUGCAGUCUCGAGCAUCGUUGAAGCGGGAUGCCGAGAGGACAGAGCGGCAAGCUGUCCCACAAGCCAACCAUACAGACCCCUGUCAAGAGUGUGGCCGCAUGGGCCCUGGACAUACCAGGGACUGCUCCCAGCGAGCCCACAAUGAUGCCUUUGGCUUUGACAGGCCCGAGCAAGACGAUGAGGAACGCUACGGCUUCCAGAGGGACCCUCUGGAGGGGAAGCGGGACAGGGGGAAGUCCAAGUCCCCCUACCCAGCAGCUGAGGCAGACUCCUUCUUUGUGGACUUACCCAGUGGUCCCAGGGCUCAGUCGGCCCAGCCUCAGCUAAUGGAGAGGAACGGCGUGCUGCCUAGUUCCUUUGGUGGGGGCUCUGGGCUUGGGGAGCAGAAUGGUACUGGUGGGUAUAACAGGGUAAUCCAUCCCCGAGCCAACCCCGAAAAGCAUGCCCAGAGGAGGAGUAACAUGGCGCAGGUGGAGAACUGGGUGAAGGUGCAGAAAGGAGACGGCAAAAGCCUUGUCUCAGACCAGAUACGAUUCCUCCAGCAGGGUCCUGGCCAGUCCCUGUCCUUCUCAGAGAACUACCAGACCCUGCCCAAGAAUACCCGCCAUUCCUCAGGCAGUUCCCCACCUCCACUCCGCAACUUACCCAGUGAUUACAAAUAUGCCCAGGACAGAGCCAGCCACCUGAAGAUGUCCAAUGAGGAGCGCCGGGCGCACCGGGACGGCACCGUCUGGCAGCUCUAUGAAUGGCAGCAGAGGCAGCAGUUCAAGCAUGGGAACCCCACGGCCCCUAUCUAUGCAGGGUCCCCAGAGUUUGCCGACCAGGGCCGGAGCAAGAGCAUGCUGGAGGUGCCUCGAUCCAUCUCUGUGCCACCAUCUCCAUCAGACAUCCCGCCCCUAGGCCCGCCCCGGCUCUUUCCAACACGGAGGCCACACACGCCAGCUGAGCGAGUCACUGUGAAACCACUGGAGCAGAGGCGGAGUGUGGACAUUUCCCUAGGGGGGUCACCCAGGAAGGUCCGGGGCCACACUCUUAAGAACUCCUCUCAUGUGGACAGGCGCUCCAUGCCAUCCAUGGGGUAUAUGACACACACUGUUAGUGCUCCCAGUUUACAUGGAAAGUCGGCUGACGACACUUACCUGCAGCUGAAGAAAGACCUGGAGUAUCUAGACCUAAAGAUGACCCGUGACACUUUCAAGGACAGAAGUCUGAAGCCUGUGAAAGUAGCCGAGAGUGAUAUUGACGUAAAAUUAAGCAUCUUAUGUGAACAAGACAGGGUCCUGCAGGACUUAGAAGACAAAAUAAGAGCCCUCAAGGAGAACAAAGACCAGCUGGAGUCAGUCCUGGAGGUUUUACACAGGCAAAUGGAACAGUACAAAGACCAGCCCCAGCAUUCAGAAAAGAUUUCUUACCAACAAAGGCUGCUGCAAGAGGACCUCGUUCACAUACGAGCAGAAAUAUCCAAGCUUUCAACAGAAAUGGAAAAUGCCUGGAACGAGUACCUGAAGUUGGAGAAUGAUGUCAAUCAGCUGAAACAAACUUUACAGAGGCAGAGUCGACGAUCCUUCUUUCUGCCUCAGGAGAGAUCUCAGAUACAGAAGGAUCUUUGGAGGAUUGAAGAUGUCACUGCUGGCCUGAGUGCAAAUAAAGCAAACUUCAAAAUCUUGGUGGAGUCCUUCAAGAAUCCAGAAAGAAAAACAGUGCCUUUGUUUCUUCACACGCCUGUGCCUUCAGUCCUCAAAUCUCUCAGCACUUCGGAGAGCAAACGACUCCCUCAGACUAGCCCUCCAAGCAGCCCUCCGUGGACCAGCCCUGCGAAGACGCCCCUGGAGGUUCGCCUCUUUCCACAGCUGCAGACAUAUGUGCCCUAUAGAACCCACCCGCUCCAGCUGAGAAAAGUGACCUCUCCUGUCCAGUCCCCUACAAAGCUGACGCCAAAGGCUGAAGAUGAGGCACCACCCCGACCCCCCCUUCCUGAGCAAUACAGCCCUGAGGACCCACCUCCAGCCGUGCCUCCUCUUCCUCGGGAAGCCACCAUCAUCCGCCACACCUCCGUGAGGGGCCUCAAGCGGCAGUCCGAUGAGAGGAAGAGAGACCGGGAGCUGGGGCAGUAUGUGAAUGGAGAUUCCAAGGUUGAGCUCCGUUCAUACAUGAGUGAGCCAGAGCUGGCAUCCCUCAGUGGUGACAUGAACCAGCCCUCCCUCGGAUUUGUGGGCCCUGACAGUGGCUACCAGACACUACCUGGGAGAGGUUUUUCCGGCUCCACAUCCAGGCUCCAGCAGUCAUCUACCAUUCCUUCCUACGUUACACUCAGGAGGGGAUUAAAUGCGGAAGGCUCAAAGAGACCCAAGAGUGCCUUGGAGCGCCUGUAUUCUGGAGACCACCUGAGGGGCAAGAUGAGCGCUGAGGAGCAGCUGGAGAGGAUGAAGCGGCACCAGAAGGCCCUCGUCCGGGAACGCAAGAGGACACUGAGUCAAGGCGAGAAACAGAGCGUGUCAUCGUCCCACACGUUCAGCCGCCCCAGCCCUGGAGACCUCGGCUCAUGGAAGCGAGAACAGGACUUUGAUUUGCAAUUACUUGAGAGAGCCAUGCAAGGAGGGGAGAAAGAUGAGGACGGCUGGCUGAAAGUGCAGGCUACUCCCGUGACUGAGAUGGACCCAGAGCCUCAAGACUAUGACAUAGACAUCGACAGAGAGCUGUCCAGGCCAGAUAAGGUGUCCAUCCCUGAACGCUAUGUAGACUUGGAGCCCGAGGAGCCGCUCAGCCUGGAAGAGUUAGAGGCAAGGUUCCGCAAAGCCGAGAAGAUCCGUAACCUCCUCACCCGCUCCAGCAUGCGCAACCUCCAGCCUCCCACCACUCAGGACAAACGCCGCUCAGCCGACCUUGACUCCCAGCUCCAGGAACAAGAACGCAUCUUCCACAUCUCCCACACCCUGGCUUCUGAAGCCUCCCAGCGUAGCAAGCAGGUGGCAGCUCGACAGUCAGCCUUGCUGUCCAAGGGCCUCCCCUCACCUUCUGUACCACAGCCCCUCUUAAGCAAUGGAUUUCACUACACGUUUGUCUAAGCACCUUCCAACCCAAGCAGUAACUGACCAGUGACCAAUGACCCAUGUCCCAAAGAGAGGCCUGGAGCUGAGAGCCCAUGGAGCCAACACCCUUGGAGAAGAUCACUUGCUUUCCCCAAAGGAAAUUCCAAGAGCCCAGGGAGAGGUUUUCUGAACGGGGAAGGGACACCCCCCACUCUUCCAACCAUCCUGUGAAUGAAUCACUCACUGUAGGCUAGUUCCUAACACACACAGACACACAGACACACACACACACACACACACACACACACACACACACGUUUUAGUUCUGACUUUUAUAUAUGUAUAAAAAGGCACUUUUAAUACAAGCUGUAAAAUACUGACACUGUAUUUUAGAAACAAAAUAUUUUUUAACAUUCUCAAGGGCUGAGUGGAUGGAAAGGUAUUUAUACAGAUGUGGCAGGGUUAAGGGAGCCAUGUGCACAGGUUCAGGUACACAUUUGGAGGCUGGUGGAUUGAGUUGGGAGGAGGAGAGAGGUGAGGAGCUGGAAUCACAAGUCAUUGCUGACACUUGAAAAGCAUGUUAUGUUUGAAAUGAACCUGCGGGAGAAUUUAGCCCGAGAAUGACUUCCUGGAUGCUGGAGCUAAAAGACCACAAGGAUUCUGCUGGGAAGAGGAAGUCAACGAUCCCUCCAACUCACUGGAAACACAGAUUUGCAUCCUGCCUUGAAUGUCAUUUAUGCUUAGCAGCCAGUAUUGUUAGCAGAAGCCCCAGACUCUACCUGCCUUUUGGUCAGAGGUGGUGCCUGGAUUCUGACCAGCUGGGCACCUUUUGGCAACGUAUACACUUGUAGUGUAUGCACCUUUAGAAGGAAUUGGGUCUUCUACCAAAAUUUUUUAAAAAUUCACUUUUAAGAAAUGAAUGAAUAAAAUUUGGAGAGAGAGAGAAAAGCGAUUUAAGCCGUAUAGUAAGCAAUAACUGAACCCAGGGGAUGUUUGACCAACACAUCUUGAUUUUCUCUUCAAUUGUCUUCAAAUGGAAGAUGUGGCCUGAGUCCAGAAGGGCCUUUAAUGUCCUGCCAGUAGCCCUGCGGUUCCAGGCACCUUGACCUUCACUCUGAGGUCUGCUUCACAAGCCUCUCCUUGUUGGGUGGUUGUCUCGGGGCAGUUGCUGAAGGCAGCUGGACUCCCGAGAACCAUGUUAGUGCAUUGUAGAAGGAAAACAUUUUCCUGCAGAAGCUUGGUUUUCUACAGAAAUGAAAGUUGGUGACAGAACAGGACUUUGGGUUAAGCGGUCAGCCAGCAAGGAGGAGGGGGCAGGUCACCGAGAUAUUGGCAGUGGUUUGCAAGACUGUUAACAUGUUCCAGGUAUGUUUUCCUGAGUUGAAAAAAAAAAGGUUUUUUAAAAAAAUCUAGCGAGUGGAACUACAAGUCGCUGAUUAAUAUAAAAAUUCCUAUUGUUUUUUGACUCUAUUCAGAAAAAAAAAUGAUUCUUGAAGCUAUUUAGAAGACGGUCUAUUUUUAACUCACUCCAGUUACUGCCAGUGUCAACUUCAUAACACUUGCCAAAAUGAAAUGGUUUUAUUUUUGCCUUUAUACAAAAUUUUGUCAGAAAAAGAAGGAAAUGAAUAUUUUGCAAGAAAAAGUUAAUUUAAAUAAAAGUGUAAUGAUUUGAAAAAAAAAGAUAUGUACAGAUUAAAAUAUUAACCAGACACA